AUCGGUCGCUACUGUUUACUAGCAAUUCAGCUGCAGCUAGCAAUACUAACCAAACUGAUUUGUCACAGUUGAGGUUAUGAAGGAAACUUGUAAUUAGUGUAGUAUGAAGGAAUGACUUGAAUCAAGCUGACAAUGGCUUCAAUUCACUGAAUUUCAAAAGGAGAUUAGAGUUAGCUGGGCAACAUUAUAUACCUAAGUGCUAACAGCAGUCCUUAUCAGUUUGCCUGUCUUAAUCUAAUAGGUAUCUUGCUACUUUGUUUUUGAAGAUGGACAAGUUUGUAGUACGACUUCCCAAGGGGGAAACACCUACAAAAUCCAAAAGCAACGGAAAGGUUUACAAACAAACUACAAUUGAAUCUUUACGGAGGGUGGUUGUGAUUGAGGAUAUCAUGCGCUACAAGUCCAUGUUGGAGCUGCCAGAACAGAGCAAGGACAACCUGCUGUCUGCCCUCACAGAGCUCGGCAAGAAGAUCCCAUCCAGAGAGGUGCUCAAGUCCACUAAAAUAGGUCACACUGUCAACCAAAUGCGCAAGCAUCUGGACCCUGAAGUUAGUUCAUUGGCAGCAAAGGUUUACACUGACUGGAGGACAUUCAUUGAGGAGAAUUCCAAUAAGCCGUCAAUUGAAGUGCGCUCCGACAAACAAUCUGAAGGACUCCGGAGCAACGCCAGAAGACUAAUGUCUGAGGCCCUGGAGGUCAAGGAGGAUUCGGGUCUAAUAGACAACAUUGAGAGAGAAGUGUUUCACCUGAGCUCCCGGUUAGUCAGCGGUUCAUACAGACGGACCAUUAGAGCGCUGGUGUUUGCCUUCAAACACAACCCAGAAAUCAGAACUCAAGUGAAGGACAACACAAUGUCAGUCAACCAGCUGGUUUCCAAAUACAAAAAAUAACUGGUGUAAAGACCUCUGGAUGGUUUUACUUGAACAUUGCCAAUCUUUUUGAUGCAUUUGAUUUUUUUAUCUUUUUAUUAUUUUCUGUAAAGGAGAUACAAAAUAUGUUUACACUUUGUGGCACAUCAGCAACCUUACACUGUUUCAUAACUGAAUGUAAAACACAGUCAAGAAUAAUUUAUUGUUGAUGGUGAUGAUAAUGCCGUCUUUUAUCUGGAAUCAUAGACGUUUUUUGUAAAUUAUGUGU